GGGAGCCAGGAGCUAAAGGGUUUAGGUAGCUCAGACAACGAUUGUGCAGCAACCCCCCCCUCCCUCCAUCCCAGGAGAGCUGCUGGAUCCACAGGUGAUCUCAGGAGGCCACAACCUCAGCAUCUUUGCAGAAAGCACAUAAAACAGAAAAUGGCCCGGGCCGGACGACCAUCCCUUUCCCUGAUCCAAACAGCCUUCUUGUUAGCAGUUGUUUUAUUACCAGACUUUCUGGGUGCCGUUCCAGUGGAACAGCACAGGCAAGAGGAAGUGGCUGCAGUGUCUGAAGAUGUGAAAGCUGAGGCCAUGGCCAACUUGAAAAAGCUUGUUCGCAACAGAAGAAACGUCCCCGUCUUGGCUCUGCCCAAGUUCAAACGUGUGCCGGACUUCUGGGGAUGGUACAAGUACUUCAUGGACAGCCACAACCAGGAGGGAGUGGAGGAUCUGGACCGUCUGUACCUGGCCUACCUGCAGAACAAGCACAGGACCGAGGAGGGCCCCACCUAUAACCACUACCUCCAGCACCUUAGUGAAAUAUACAAAGCCUGUGCAGAUUCUGAUGACCCAGAGUGCAUUGCUGAGUCAACCAGCAAGCCGAAGGCCAAGGUGGUGAUGCCUGCCCCCUACAAGUCUGCUGCCGUCAGGAUGUGCAACCCAUAUGUUGACCCUUUCUGCAUGUACCCCCUUCACCCUAAAGCUGCUGCUCCAGAGCAUGAGCUAGCAGCCAAGGUCCCGGCCCCCAUCCUAGCCCCAGUUCUCCCCAUGGCCCAGAAGGGCGCCGCGGGUUAUUACUACUACGCUCCCGUCCUGGAGCCCUUCCUGAGCGCUGAGCAGAGGACUGAGCUGCUGAGGAUCUGUCACCCUGACGAUGUGGAGUGUCUGCAGUACCAUCUGAGAGCAGCAUACGGCUACCGCCCGGUCCACGGUCCAGCUCCAUCCUAUGCUGCCCUUAAAUGUGACCCCAAAGACCCGUACUGCAAGCCCCACCUUGUCCAGAAGUCCCCCACUGGCUUUUACCACCUGCUCUACCCCAGCUGUGACCCAGCCGUGGAUCCUUUCUGUGUGAGCGGCGUUGCGCCGCCUGCCCCCCUGGCUGCUGGCGAUGCCCCUAAAGAGCAGCACUGCAACCCUCUCUACGAUGCCGGCUGCAACCCCCUCAUCGCCACCAGGUUGUCAAGCCUUAGCAAGCCCGUCCUGGAGUAUCCCCCAAAGGGGGAGCCUGCACAUCUCGCUGCUCAUCUGACCUGCGAUCCUCGCCAGAACCCGUACUGCAUACUGGCCGCUGCCGCUGCUCUGCGUCACCCCCCUCCGCAGCUCCCUGAGCAUCAGGUCCGCUACAAGCUCGGUGUGCGCGGCAAGACCAAGGAGGGACACGACUGUUAUGUGCACUAUGACAAAGACUGCACCCCCGUCAAGUCUGGCUCCGAGGCUCCGGGGACACCCUUCUGCCAUCCGUACGAUCCCAACUGCUACAAGUUUGCUUCACCUUCCAGCCUUGAGGCUCCAAAGGCCAGUGACAACGGUAUAAUCCUUCCCGAUGCCGACUGCGACCCCGAAUACGACUACAACUGCCGCCUGCGCCGUGCGGAGCCGGCCGCCUCCGCUGAUGAGCCCCUGGCUGACGAAGGAGAGGCUGCAGAUGAACCUGCCAAGGUGGCUCCGGUCUCACAGUCCGGUGUCCCGCGCUUUGAAGAUUUCCUCAGAGGAGUUGUAAACCAGCACAAAUAAAUAACUUUCAGAGAAACCAAAGUGGUAAAAUAGAGGUCAUUUUAAUGCUUUUGGACUUCAUAAAGCAAAACUCACACAGUACCAUUAAGGCCUAAAAAAUAUAUCAAAUUAAACAUGAACAAAGCAGCUUCUGAACAGUAAAGCCAUCUGAAGGUUUUUUUGGUUUUGGUCUAAACAGCAACAUAUAUGGUCAGAUUAUGUAAAACAUGCAUUAAAUACUUAAUGUUUGUAGAGAAGACUCAUGUAUAGAUGUUUGAUAGUAUAGUGUUAGUUUGAAACUGUUAGCAGGCAAGAUGUUUUCUCUGUUGUACAUUCUGUUCAUCCAAACUGUAUUUAAUGUUGAUUUCCCAAACCUUUUGUGACUCUAACCUUCUCAAUGCUUUAUCUGUUUAGUUUUUAUGAAGUUCGUAAUAAAAAAACA